CCAGUACGUGAGGCUUUAACUAUUGUCCAACCAGAUGAGAGGGGCAAGGGGUGGGGUGGGAACCGGGAGAAGGAACUCUCCAGAAUCCCUCAACAGUCGCUGGGUGACCCUCACCUUGACUUCGGGCGGUUUGUGGAGACCAACUCCUUUCUUGCCGCCGCUCUUUAGUCUGUUUCCAGGGGCUACAUACAACACCCAUCGGGGCCCUCCAUCAACGGUCUGGCUCGAGCAGGGCAGGGGGGCUGUCUCCUGGCUUACAUCGGGGGCAAAGGCGGAGGGCCCGCAGGGUUCCGGACCGGCUCCCGGAGACCUGAGUCCACCGCGUCUCCACGCUGGCCCCUUCGUCCCGGCAGGAGGCCGCCGGUCUCGGGCUCCUAGCCAGCGGCCAGCCGGGGCGCCGCCGCACACCGGCGCGGCCUCACCUGCGGCUUCCCGGGAAGCCGGGUGCCGCCCUCCUCCGCCCCCGCCCCCGCCAGCCCUCGAAGUCGAGAUCCCGGGACCCACACAGCAAUGGCGCAGCCGGAAACUGGCCCCUCGACUUCCUCAGGCCCACUCCGGGCUGGGGCCGGCCUGUGGGCGGGACGGGAAAGCCGCGGCUUCCGCCUUCCUGCUUCCGGCCUGGAGUGGGCUGGUGGCGGUCCCUGGGGUGGGUUUGCCCGCGUGCCCAGAGGAGGCGGCCACGUCGCCGGGCGGGCCGAGCUGUGGCGGGAUCAAGCCUGGAUUCCCGGGAACCGCCCGCCGAGGCCGAGGGGCGCCUGAACGCGGCCCCCUGGGCUGGGCGGCCAGAUGGGAUAGGAAAGCAGGAAUGAGCAAGGGCGAAAACAGGGAUGGACGGGACGUGCUGAUGGCGGUGAAGUACCAUUCGCUGCAGCUUCAGGAGCCGCGCAGGUCUGGUUUGGAGAUCAAGCCCGGUCGACCCGUUACGGAAAGAGGAAGGGUAAUACGGAUUCCUCCAAGUGUGGAGACACGUGCCCUUUGGGUCCGAAAUUGA